GACAUUCUCUCCACUUCCUCAACCUUAUCCUGAGCAGAGGGCUUAGAUUUGUCUUUCAUUCGACGAAAUGAACGCCAAAAUGUGUCUAUUUUGGACUUUGACUGUAGCAUUACAUGUUGGAGCAAUGCAAAGUUGCACUCAAAAAAACACAACAUGUGAAGAACUCAAGUCGCAGAAUGGUUUCAUGUACUUACAUGAAUGUCCAGACAAAAGCCAGAUUUAUGUGACCCAAAAUGAGACUAAGAUCGCUGUUGCCAACUUUGGCCCUAAUUCCAACACAUCCCAGUGUUUACGUGAGGGGAUGAGCUUGGAUUACACGGCCUUCUACAUGGGAGAAUGUCAGGAUGUGCAUAUAAAAUGUGUUUCCCCGUUUGGAGAGAAAUAUGUGAAAGACAGCUGCUUAACCUACACGAUAACUGAGAAACCAAAGGUUCUUCCUUCCACUGACUUACCUCUGGGCCCCAUUGUUGGUGUGUCAGUUGCUGUGAUUGUCCUUGGUGGGAUUGCUGGGUUGUUGUGUUGGUGUUUCUUUAUUAAAAAAAGGGCCCAGCCGGCCACACCUCUUCUGUUCAGCCGUGUUUGCACCACAAAGGGGGUUUCCGAGAUAGGCGAGGCCGGAGACCAAAGACCUACUGAUGGAAUUUCUGCGCACAGUUCCACUGAUCCUGAAUUAGAUGUGGCAGCCAACCAAGACGCUCAGAACAAGUUGAGGGAAAUACAAUCUGAGAUUGGUCUGUCUGAAACUGAGGAAAAUGAGAAAAAUUCUGAUCUUGAGAGCAAUGUUGAUUCUCAAACUGAUAGAGAGGAUCCUAAAAGUCUGAGAGAAGACCUCAUCAUAAUCGACGAAACACAGUCAUCUGAAAAUGAAAACAAAACUGUACCUGGUAGAGCCUCUAGUCAUCGACCCAUGCACAGACACUUGAGAGGUGAUCCAGGAGGUGUGACUUACAACAAAGCAGAGGACUCAGUCAGUAUUGGGGGCACACAGAAUAGACGGACUCACGAUGAUGGUGGUCUCGAGGAAGAAGAGACGGAGGGAGCUCCACUGCCGCCGAGUUCGGGACCCACUGAAUGGAGUGCUGCUCAUGAGUCCACUGAUUUUGGUGCAGAUGUGGCAGCCUACCAAAAUGCUCAGAACAAGAUCGGCGACCCACAGAAUAGACCACUUCUAGCUGAUCGUAGUUCUGAAGAAGAUGAGACUGAGGGAGAUCCACUGCUGCCCAGUUCGGGAGCUGCCAUCCAAUUUUCUGACAUGACAGGUGAAGCUGAAACUCUGGUGGACGGAGCCGCUUCACCCCCAGACCAGGCCAGAAAGUUCCUCAGCACCGGACAAUGACGUGAAGUCAGAAUCAAACACGAAGAACAACAUGAAACUAAACCAUCUAUUAUAUAUUAUUAUGAUAAUACCUAAAUAAUGUAUAGGGGUGUCCCAAAUUAAGAAUUCAAAUAGUCAAAUCUGAUUUGUCUGCUAGUUUUGCUUGUAGUUGCCUGAUAACUGAAUAUCAUUUGUUUGAUCAAUAUAAAGUAGAAUUAAAACCACAGCCACAUAUCGGAUCAUAAAAAGGAAAUGCACUAAAAUGAUAGAUAACAAAAAGGUAAUAGCAGGGAAGUGUAAAAAAAUUAAUGAGUGUUAUUAUACUUUAAUUAUGUGGUUUAUCUAAAAGGAGAUUGAUUUCAAAUACAAGUCAGUUUGCAAAACUGCAUUGAUUAGUAUUGAUAGUUGGUAUUUAUGCCAAUGAGUCGUGGUUAAUUUGGAGAAAACAGGCCAAUCAUAAAAUGAGUCAUCAGUCAGCCUCAUACAGCUGUGAUGGAAUGAUCCAUGUGGAACAGACAGGUGUGUGACUGGAUUGGCAGUUGUAUGAGACUCUUUCACACAAACAUUUGACUAUUUGGGGUCACCCCUAUUAUUAUAUAUUUAACAUAUAAUGUUCUCACAGUGAGGGAAUAUGGUAUUUUUACUGGCAGUCCUUUGGGGUUUGUUUCCUUUUGAAGACAAGCUGUGUUUUCUGUCUUUAAAGACGUACUUUUUAAAACCCUGCAUUCAUUGCUCAGUGACUUCAUCUUUAAAUCGUUCUGAUGACUGAAGUUUGACAACCCUAGUGGAAACUGGCGUUGUCUUCAGAAUAUUCAUGUAUUUGAUCAGUCAAACAGACUGUCUGUUGACUUUGGUCAACACAUUGAGGUGAGCAGUAUUUAUAAUUCUUUCUUAAGAUGACACUUGGACCAAAGGAUGGGUGUACCGGCCAGUGAAGAUACCAUAUGCACAGCUGUGAGGCUUAGUUUUAACCCCUUAAAGCCUGUUGCAUCAUAUUUGAUACAUACUUUUAUGAUACCUCUAUCUAAUCAAUAUGAUCAUAAAUUACUAAAAAGAACUUUUGAAUACAAUCUGAAAAAUGAUAAAAAUGCCCUGAAGUGGAUUAAUAGUUACUAAAAACACCUAAUGUAUCAAAUGAGAUACAAAAAAUAAAUAUUUUAAAUAUUACAGAAAUUUGGAUUUUUUGGAUUUCAGUAGAAAGUGAAAUAAACAUUUCAGCUCCGAAAAAAUUUGAAUUUUCUGGCUGUCAUUUGUGUUUUCAGGCUUUAAGGGGUUAAUGUUCAAAUAUUAACGUAUAAUGUACAGUAUCAGGAAUGUUUGAUAAGUGUAUACAUGUUAAUCUUAUCAAAUGCUCCUUAUUAUAAUACCUCCUAUAACUAUGAAUAACGUACCUAGGGUACUAUUUGCAUUUAAAUGAUAAAAUGCACACAAUAUCAUCGCUUUAGCAAGAGCUACAACUGUAACACUGCAACAUUAAUCUACUAUUUUUACUAUGAUAUAUCACAGUGCUUCUCAACCUUUUUCCUUUUACCCAAAGCAUACGGAAAAUCAAGCCAAAAUUUUGAGGCCCCCCAUAACCAUAUCUGUAGGUGGCUUAAGGGGGUCGCAAAUGUUUUUUCAAAAGCCCUGAAUCUUUCAGGUUGGAUAAAAAGUAUACAAAAGUAACCCCAUAUACUUUUUAUGUUCUUUGUUUGACAGGCAUAGUUCCAGUUGUAAACUUUAAAAUUCAAUUUCCUACCACAUUAGCAAAGUAGCUUAAAAAAUAAAUAAUAGACAUUUCCAGGAGGCAGAAGUAAAAAUUAUUGAAUUUUUGCAAGGUGUUGUAUUAUUUAAGAAUGAUAAUGACACUUUCAGCACAAUUAGAUUAAGAAAAAAAUUAAUGUAAGAACUAUUACAUUUGUUGGCAUUUUAUUUCUUAAUUUGUAUUUUAAAUUGCCUAAAAAAGUGUCCAUCUGUUGUUUGGUAUUAGCUCCAGAUAUUUAACACAUCUGGCUCCACCUCUGACCAUAUCCAUAGAAAAUCACUUCUUUAAAGCAUGUUAACUCUGAUUUGGAUGAUCUCAUUGUUAUUUUAAGAGUGACCAAUGAAAUGAACUAUGAUUUGCUAAAAUACUUGCUAAAUAGCAGAUGGGAUAAUGUUUUUGUUUUAGCCUAGGAGCAGAAGUUAAUGGAUGAAAAAGUUUUUUCAUAGCUGAGCAGUGACAGCUUUAGCAAGAGGACUAGAGGAGCAUUUUAGACGACCAGAACAGCAAAACAAUUACACAAGAACUACAAAAUUUUGAGAAACACAGAUUUCAAUGUGAUUGUGGACCCAAAGAAAAGGGCGAUUUUGAGGAUGUUGACCUGUUUAACUGAUGAUUUAGAUUUAUUCGUGUCUUCUCCUGGUACUAGGGUGGAGAAAUGAAAAGUUUAGGAAACAACAAAAUACAGUGAAGUUUUUCAGAAAACCCUCAGGUUUUAGGAGGAUGUUUUUACUUAGGUUUUAAAGGCUGUUUUUUAGGUGACCUUAUGUCUAAUUGGGUUAAAGCAGAGGUUCUGAAACUUUUCAGCUCAUGACCCCCCAAACUAAAGGUGCAAGAGACCAGGGACCCCCACUGUAGCAGAGGGUGGUGGAAGCAUAGUUGACACAGCUGUGCACAUUAAGACUGGUCACGCACAGACGUACAUUUUAAGAAUAUUUUAAACAUUACCUUGAAUAGAGCGUAAAUAUCCAAAUGACCAUUUAGCUGUAACUGAUUUUAUGCAUAUAUUUAAAUAGUAAUGGGUAAAAUAAACCAUUUCAAAUCACUGAAAGAUAUUCCGUAUUUUUGGGAAGGCAUCUGGUGACCCCCAAGGGGGUCCUGAUCCCCAGGUUGAGAACCACUGGGUUAAAGUAACUCAAGUUGUGUAUAGAUGUAGUAAUUAUGUACGGUUGUACAAAUUUCCAUGGCACAAAAUUUGAGAAACACUGAUAUAUCAGUAUGUUUAUUCCAAUCAUCUAUUGCAUAUUUAGAAAAAAAAAUCACUGAUUUUCUAUGUUGUAGAAAUAUUGUUAUGAUUGCUUACUUUUAUUUUGUUGCUACUAUUAUUUGCUUUGCUUUGCAUUGUACUGGUGAUGGAAAUAAAUUGUUAACUUUA